UGGUUUUAAUUAGCAAGCAAAUUUGCAACCCCCUUCAUUCACUCCUUCCCCGCUACGAGCAGACACCGUCGUUAUCAUCGCUCUCUCAGAAACUCCACACACAGCCAUGCAAGCCUUGCAAUCUACUUCUCUCCGUUCAUCUCCCUUAAACCCACUUCACCAAAAACCCCACAAUGCAAUUAAAUCCCCAACCCAAAGACUCUCAUUUAUCAAAGCAUCCUCCUCCUCAUCAACUAGUAAUUCCACCGUUUCGGCUCCUAAACGAGAGAAAGACCCUAAGAAGAGGAUUGUUAUAACCGGAAUGGGAUUGGUCUCUGUCUUUGGUAAUGAAGUCGAUGCAUAUUAUGAUAAAUUGCUUGCAGGUGAAAGUGGGAUUGGGACCAUUGACCGAUUUGAUGCUUCUAAGUUUCCAACCCGGUUCGGUGGGCAGAUCCGGGGGUUUAGUGCACAAGGUUAUAUUGAUGGAAAGAAUGAUAGGAGGCUUGAUGAUUGUUUGAGGUAUUGCAUUGUUGCGGGCAAGAAGGCUCUUGAAGAUGCGAAUCUUGGAGGGGAUAAUCUAUUUAAGAUUGACAAGGAGAAAGCUGGGGUGCUUGUUGGUACAGGAAUGGGUGGUCUUACAGUCUUUUCUGAUGGUGUUCAAUCUUUGAUUGAGAAAGGGCACAGAAAAAUUACCCCAUUUUUUAUUCCUUAUGCUAUAACAAACAUGGGUUCUGCCUUGCUUGCAAUUGAAAUUGGUUUCAUGGGUCCAAAUUACUCGAUUUCAACUGCUUGUGCUACUUCCAACUAUUGCUUCUAUGCUGCUGCCAAUCACAUUCGCCGAGGUGAGGCAGAUAUGAUGAUUGCUGGUGGAACAGAAGCUGCUAUCAUUCCUAUUGGUUUGGGAGGUUUUGUUGCAUGCAGGGCCUUAUCACAACGAAAUGAUGAUCCAAAAACUGCAUCUAGGCCGUGGGACAGAGAUCGAGAUGGUUUUGUUAUGGGUGAAGGUGCAGGAGUGUUGGUAAUGGAGAGCUUGGAACAUGCAAUGAGACGAGGUGCACCAAUCAUUGCUGAGUACUUGGGAGGUGCUGUUAACUGUGAUGCUUAUCACAUGACUGAUCCAAGAGCUGAUGGUCUUGGGGUAUCUUCAUGCAUUGAGAGAAGUCUUGAAGAUGCCGGCGUGUCGCCUGAGGAGGUUAACUACAUAAAUGCACAUGCACCUUCCACUAUUGCUGGUGACCUUGCUGAGAUAAAUGCUAUAAGGAAGGUAUUCAAGAACACUUCAGGGAUCAAAAUCAAUGCAACGAAGUCUAUGAUUGGACAUUGCCUCGGCGCUGCUGGAGGUUUGGAAGCAAUUGCUUCUGUGAAGGCCAUAACAACGGGAUGGUUGCAUCCUAGCAUUAACCAAUUUAAUCCAGAGCCCUCAGUUGAGUUUGAUACUGUUGCCAACAAAAAGCAACAACAUGAAGUGAAUGUGGCUAUUUCGAAUUCUUUUGGAUUUGGUGGACACAACUCCGUCGUGGUCUUUUCUGCAUUCAAGCCUUGAGCAUCUGGCCUCUGUACAUUUCUUUCCAUGCAUUCAAGCCCCGAGCAUACAGCUUGUCUGCAUUUCUCGGAGGGAUCAGUCUUGCGUAGUUGAGAUAUGCUCAAGUGUCUAGUCAAAGAGGCUUCUCCAUCAUUUAAUUCAAGCAUUCCACGCGAUUGUAGUUGUGUUGUAAUAAUUUUGAGUUGAACAACACCUUUAAGUUUUAUGGAUCGUUGAUCUUAUAUGAUUAAUUUUCGUUUUUCUUUUCC